ACAGUAUGGCAGCGGAAGUCGCGCUCCACUUUCGCUGUUGGUGAAAACUGAUUAUACUCGGCGUACCUUGUUUUAUGCGUAUCAGCAUACGUUUCCUCCUAACAAGAAAAAUUUCAAAUCAAGGUACAAAAGAAAUAUUUCUGCAUCAAUCGCCACCGGCAGUGAUAAAUUUACAUUCCUAUUUCUGACGCCACGUUGUGAAAAACGACAGUCCAGUAAGAGCAACACCGUCGUACGACAGCAGGUAAAAAUGAAAGAUGAGUGCGAAAGUUACCUGCAUAACUCUUUACAGAUCAACUUCCGUGUCCUUGAUUGUCACGAGAGGAGCAAGGAAGUUGCGGAGAAAAAGCGCAAGUUUGAACGUGCACGGCCUAUAAUAACAUAUACAAUACGAUAUACAAGACCGCACUGUCCGUGCUGUUUCACCGUUACCAGAGCAACCCGGAGCUAUUUACUCAAGUCGUGCCGAAAGGUUUUGCCUUGUUCCUUGGUCCUCUAUUCCGCUCGAAUGGCCGAACAGUGCAGCAGUGACCUGAUCGCCGCCGCCUCAGACGAAGGACAGUUGGUUGAAUUGCUGGAUCAAGAACAUCCAGCCGUGGUCGACAUCAACAACGGCAGUUUUCCUUCAGACAUGGAAGCCUGUUUCAAAGCAUUCGACAAAGACAAUGACGGUUUGAUGACGCUGUCUGACUUUGCUGCCUUGUGUCGUACUCUCUUCCGUAAUGAACAAGGAAAAGCUUACGCCAUAGAGGAUUGUCGACUGCAAGAAAUGUUUGACGUCUUUGAUCGAAACCAAGAUGGAUAUGUGGAUUUCCAAGAGUUUGCCUUCUGCUGGAAGCAAUGGAUAAAGCCUAUUGUCCGUCCUAUUAGCGCUUUGAUUAUAGUCGACGUUCAAAACGAUUUUAUUACUGGAUCUCUCUCCAUAUCUAACUGCCCGGCACAGCAGAAUGGCCAAGAUGUACUGAAACCCACCAAUAAAAUGCUGGAAACCGUACCAUUUGAAGUGGUCUUCUAUUCCCUUGAUUGGCAUCCCGAAAACCACGUUUCAUUCAUCGAGAACGUCGGAAAACGUAAACUACAUCCAACUAGCCAAAAAAAGGCGGAGGAAGCAGUUCUAUACGACACGGUCAUAUUUGAAGGACCUCCCUUGAACGAGCAAAAACUAUGGCCGAAGCACUGCGUCCAAAAUUCAUGGGGAGCAGAGCUCCACUCAGCCGUCAAGGUACUGGAUAACGGGAUAUUUGUCCACAAAGGGAUUCAUCCGGACAUCGAUUCCUAUUCUGCUUUUUGGGAUAACAACAAGAUGUCUAAGACUCCAUUGGCUUCUCUACUGCAAAAAAAGAAAAUUACUGACCUGUACGUUUGUGGAUUAGCCUAUGAUGUUUGUGUCGGAGCGACGGCCAGUCAUUCGUUGGAACAUGGUUAUCGAACGAUUUUAGUGGAUGAUGCCAGUCGAGGCAUAUCGCUGGACGAUAUCCAUCACACUCGUGACAGUCUAGCUGAGAAGAAUGCCGUUGUCGUCCAUUCUUCACAGGUCAAAGAUAUGGUAGAGGGUCGUGAUAGGAGGCCUGAGCUGGGUUACUUUCAAGCUCUGCGUCUACGUCAGAUGCCACAAAAUGGUGGAAUUAGAGAUCCCAGCCCUGAUGACGUCUCACCUCGCGAUUCGGUCAUCUUUCUAACUUAGCCAGCCAUUAUUUCACUGCUAGAUUUCCUGAUGAUAUAUCACAAAUAAGUAAAAGAUUUUCUCAUUCAUCUGUCAGAUGAACCCAAAUAAGAUUUCAAUCAUUUAUCUCAGCAAGCAAUUCGAUAGGAUCUGCUUCAAAAUAGUACAUCAGUUAACACCAGCAAUGUAAUCUGCCACCUCAGAUUUCAUACCUCUAUUGUUGAUGAGGUCCCACACCUCAUGUUUCUCUUGGUAGACAAUUUUCAGGCACUGUAUGAAAGCAUUAUUUAAUCCUUAAUAGUCCGUCCUGUAAAAUGUGAAAAAGUGAUAUUAUUCAUCCCCAUUAAUUGAUUAGUUUUAAAUGUAGAUUAACAUGCAAUGUUUGUUUUUUCUUUUCAUACCAUGAUCGAUCAGUUUACAGCUUGCCAUCAUUCCAAGAUGAUGAACUAUUGGGAACUAGUUGGUAAUAAUACUAAUCGCCAAGCCAUGGCCAAGCUGUCCAGCCGUACGUUUAUUAAUGAAUCAAUUCCACUAAAUUCAGGUUCUGGUACAUCUUUCGCACGUGGUUCUGGGUGUUGCAUAAUACAGUUUACUUAUAACUACUAUAAA